UAUCACCCAACCAUUCAUCAACCAUGUAACGUAGGCUUUAAGUGAUGGAAACAACACCACCCGCACGGCAUCUGUUCUUCUCUCCCUCCCUCCCUCCAUCAUCCCCAUUAUUUCCCACUUCAAACUUCGCUUUUAUUACCUCUCAAUGCCACUCCUUCCGUUUUACCCAAUCGAACUUUCUGGAACCCCAAUGCUCCCUCUCCCUUCUUCCUUUUCUCUCACAAUGCCUUCUCAUUCGACCUAACCUAAAACCAUACCACUUUUGUUUUUUUCUCCAAAUAUUUUGAACUUUGCGCUACACUCACGUUUUCACACAGGGCUUUUUAUUUAAUUUAAUUAAUUUUUUUUUAUGGUGUUGUUGACGUAAACGAGGGAACUGAGCUAGGUUCUUUGUUCGAACCCUAAUUAUUAUUCUACACUUGGGCGAUUUUGGGGAUGAAUCGUAGUUUCAGAGCUCAGGAAUCUCAAAUGCAAGCUGCGUUCAAACAGAGGCAGCAGCAAUUGGGGGUUUUGAGGUCGUCGUCGCUCAUGAAAGACAAAGAUGACGAGCUCGCAUUGUUCCUCGAGGUGAGGAAUCGCGAGAAGGAGCGUAACGAUCUUCUGCUGCGCGCUUCCGAGGAGGAGUUCGAUGUUGCAGCGUUAGGCUCAAAUCCUGGCACUUCUCCCUUAUUUAACAUUUCAUCAUCCGCGCCAGCUCCUGUGUGUAAGACUGGUGCUGAUGAUUUUCUCAAUUCCGAAAAUGACAAGAAUGACUAUGACUGGCUUCUAACUCCUCCUGGGACUCCCCUUUUUCCUUCUUUGGAGAUGGAAGCUCAAAAAACUGUUAUGAGUCAACUUGAUGUUCCAACUAGACGUCCCACACCAUUAAAAUCUAGAUUGGCAAAUCCUCCGGCAGAGCUUACUGGAAGGAGCAACGUAGUAUAUAAACAACCAGCUUCCUCCCCGGGGUUGACCUCUUCAGGUGGUGGAACUAGGAGGCCCUCAUCAUCCGGGUAUCCAGGAUCAAGACCUGCAACUCCCACUGGACGACCUACAUUGACCACAGCUUCAAAAUCAUCUAGACCUUCAACACCUACUUCUCGUGCAACCUUACCUUCAACUAGGACAACGGUAGCUACAACCAAGACCACAGUUUCCACCGCCAAGUCUGUGGUUUCUGCUACUAAGACUGCAGUUUCUGCCUCUAAGACUACAGUCCCUGCAGCUAAGCCCACACCUCCAUCUAGAUCCUCUACAACUUUAUCAAGAUCUACUGCAAGAUCUUCAACACCUACUAACAGGCCUACCUUACCUGCACCCAGGUCCACAUCAAGGGCAUCAACUCCAACACACAGACCAUCUACUCCGUCAAAUGCACCCACCACAUCUGCUCCUUCAGUUAAGACUUCUUCAAUAUCAAAGCCAGUUCCAGUGAUGUCAAGGCAGCCAUUUGCAUCACGUGGCACUUCACCAACAGUGAGAUCAAGACCAUGGAAGCCAUCUGAGAUGCCUGGCUUUUCACUUGAUGCUCCACCCAAUUUGAGGACAACACUACCAGAAAGGCCGGUGUCAGCAACAAGGGGGAGGCCUGGAGCUCCCACUUCACGGUCUUCAUCUGUUGAGCCUGCUUCUGGUUGCAGACCGAGGCGGCAAUCAUGCUCUCCUUCUAGAGGACGGUUUUCUAAUGGCAUUUCUCAUACAACUGGAAGCUCUAUGCCUGCAGUUAGCCGUGGGUACUCGAAAGUGAAUGACAAUGUCAGUCCUGUUGUUAUUGGCACCAAGAUGGUUGAUAGGGUAAUUAAUAUGCGGAAACUAGCACCGUCAAGGCUCGAUGACAAAAACUCUCCCCAUAGUAAUCUGUCUGGCAAGUCCUCAACAUCUCCGGACAGCUCUGGUUUUGGAAGAACACUCUCAAAGAAAUCCUUGGAUAUGGCUAUUAGGCAUAUGGAUAUAAGGCGACGGGUUCCUGGCAAUUUACGGCCAUUGAUGACAAACAUUCCAGCAUCUUCAAUGUAUAGCAUACGGUCAGGGCCUCAACGAAGCCGAGCUGUUAGUGUCUCAGACUCUCCUCAUGCCACUAGCAGUAAUGCUAGCUCCGAGGUGAGUGUAAACAUAGAUAAUAGUGAAAUAGAUGAUGAUACUGUCAGCGAGAGUGGUGGUCAAUCACCUGCCAAUGUGCGGGGCAGGUAAACAGCUCUCACUUUGGGGAAUCAUCUGCCUACAUUUUAAUUGCACAACCAUUCUGAUCCUGACUAUCAGCCGUAGUGGAUUUUCAUAUGGAGCUAACCAUGCCUCUAUUGAUGUAAAGUUUAUUGGAAGUGAUGUUACCUUGUGUAAUUGAAUGUAUUUGUGAUUUUAGGUAUAGAUAGG